UGUGCCUUCCCCCAAGGUAGGUGUGGUUGAUCCAACAGAAACCAAGUGGAAAAGGCCUAUUCCUGUUUGGAGGGGGUGCUAAUAAGGCACCCAACCCCUCCUUUGCUGAGAGCUGACUGGUGACAUCCAAUCAUCUGAGGUAGGGUUAGGGCCACGACCAGGGCUGGGAGGCCCUCCCAUACCUGGUCCAGGCCUGAGACUUCUCAACACUACCAGGCAAGGCCUCUCCUGCCUACCCGGCCUGGACUCCCUGGUGGGUGGGGGAGGUGCUGCUCAGGCCUGAUGCUGAUCUCUCCUGACAGCUGCUCCUAAGGCUGGCAGGGCGGGCAGGCGGGGGAAGGGACAGAUUUAAAGGUCUAGCUGCCCCGCCCCCUGCCAGACCUGGGAAGGCAGACGCUGGUGAGCAUCCUCUCUGUCCUGAUUUCCGCUUCUUGGUACCAUGAACGCCACUGGUCCUCAUUCCCGCUUCCAUCCCACAGGACAUCAGGAAGACUAGCGGCAUCCACCAUGCGAUUUCGACGCCUGACACCUGGCUACUUCCGAGUGCUACAGAUGCAGAUAGCCGGGGAGCUGAAGGCAGAGCCCCGGAGUCCGCUGGUGGGGAUCGUGGCUGCACUGCUGGCUAUCCUUGGGCUGGGCGGCUCCUGCUAUGCUGUCUGGAAGAUGGUGGGGCAGCGGCAGCCGCCACAGGCUCCAUGA